GCCGCGUUCCGCCAUUGGCGGCGGAAUCGGGGGCGCCGUGUCGCGCGGCUGCGGUGUGGGGCGGCAGCAUGUGCUCGGGCGGCACGCUGAGCAUCCUGCGCAGCGACUCCUACGUGGACCUCAGCCAGUACCGCGACCAGCACUUCCGGGGCACGCGGUACGACCAGGAGCGGCUGCUGAGGAAGAGCUGCACGCUGUACGUGGGGAACCUGUCGUUCUACACCACGGAGGAGCAGAUCCACGAGCUGUUCGGCAAGAGCGGCGACAUCAAGAAGAUCAUCAUGGGGCUGGACAAGGUGAAGAAGACCGCCUGCGGCUUCUGCUUCGUCGAGUAUUAUGCAAGAGGAGAUGCUGAGAACGCAAUGCGGUACAUCAAUGGGACCAGGCUUGACGACAGGAUCAUAAGGACGGACUGGGAUGCAGGAUUUAAGGAGGGCCGGCAGUACGGCCGGGGGAGGUCAGGGGGCCAGGUCAGAGAUGAGUAUCGGCAAGACUAUGAUGCUGGAAGAGGUGGCUAUGGUAAAACUGUUCAAUGCCAGUGAGUAGUGAAUGACUCAUCGGCCUCACAGGAGAACUAAAUGCCAAUUGUAAAUGUCAUGAGGCACAGAGUAGGUCUUUUGCACACAAGUUUAUGUAAAUAGAAAUUUACAGGAGCUACUGUCAGUAUUCCUGUAAUCACAUAGUAUAUUCUAUCUCUUCUGUUUUAAUACCAGGAUCCAAAAAAACAUUGCCAAGUACACUAAUACACAGGACCUGGGAACAAGGUUUUAAGCAAUAGUAUGUAUGAGACUUUGGUCUCAGAAUGCUGCUGCAAAUCUACUGAAAGAAUCAAAGGUUUAACAGAAUGGUGCUUUUUUUUUUCUCUGGCAAAACUUGAUUGUUCUGUCACUGGAUUUUGUUUACACUAAUAUCACAGAGCUGAGUGGGGUCUUAAAGCCUGAUUUGUGUAUGGUUCAGAGACUGAAGGAAAGGUCAAAGAGCCUGAAAGGAAAAUGAAAUUCCAAUUUCCAGAGUAGUCUUAAAGUUGUAGACUUUGAGGUUGGUGAAUUAACAGCCUUUUACACGGAUGCUUUUUCCUUUCUGUAGUUAGCACACAUCUAUGAAUAAAUAAAGCACAAUAAAGCAAGCCAGAUUGAGUCCAGGAAUCAUAAAAUGAGAAGCAAACCUAGUAGAUUGGAGAAAUCAGACCCUUGCAGUGUUCUUCAAAGUAUACUGCUGCUGCACAACAUUGUAUGGUUCAGAACCAUCUUGCUUUGUGAGAUACGGAGUGCAAGAAUUACAGCACUAGUUAUUUUCAUGGUUGGAGUAGUACUGUAUUACUCCUGUCUGGUAACUCUCCAUAGCCUUAAUAUGUGAGGAACGGUAUCUUCCCUGUGUCUGCAAGAGUAGCAUAGAGCCAAGCUUUGCAGUUAAUCCCUUUCCUGCUCCUUCCUUGCCCUAGUCAAAAUAGGAUGUGUGAGGAACUAUGUGUAUAAUGAGAGAGUUCGUUCUCAAAAUAGAUUUUCUGUUUGAGAAACCUGAUGGCAAAUAAAGAUAAUUUAAAACAAUUAGCUUUGGAGAAGCUUACUUUAUAUGGAGUACGUGGUAAGACUGGUAAAAGAACUGUGGGACUCUUUGCUUUGGAUUUUUUUUUUCCUAUGGAUCUUAGGACAAGGGGGAAUAUGUAAGGCAGAAAUUCCAUACUCAGGUGGUGAGGCAGUGGCCCAAGCUGUCCAGAGAGCUGUGGGUACCCCAUCCCUAUAAGUGCUCAAGGCUGGGCUGAGUGGGGCCCUCAGCAGCCUGAAUUGGUGGGUGGCCACCACCCCACUGCAGGAGUUGGGACCAGACGGACUUCCCAACCCAAGAACCCAAGCCAUUCUGUCAUUCUGUGAUUAAUACUGCAAGCUAAUGUGCUGGGAUUUGUUGUGAUACUGCAUCAGGAAAAAAAAUGUGUGGAAUUGACCUGCUGAAAUGACAGGGUUUAGAAGAAAUUGAUAAAGGCUGAUGGAUUUUUUUUUUUUUUUCCCCGUUUGGAUGGACUUCUGAGUUCUUUGGAAACUGCAGUUCAUAAAGUUCUGUCCAAGUACCUUGACUUCCCAAAGUUCUUCAAAAUCUUAAGUAUGUCAAAUUUGACCUUUAUUCGUGGAAUAUAAUAUUGGAAAUCUUGAUAUGUUUCUUGUAUAGAGUUAGUCAGGACUGUUACUGUACAUUGGAAGUGCAGAACUGCAGUAAGAUGCCUUUCCCAUUAAGUGAGGUUGAGGGGGGCCCUUUGAUUUUUUUUUCCUUGCUUUUGUUGUUUUCUGGCACAGAGUAAAGCUGCAUGUUCAGGAUCACCUGAUGCUGAUCUGAAAACAAUACUUUGAACAGGUUAUCUUCUUCUGUGUAGAAAAACCAUUUGAUGAUGAACUUUCAGCCUGCUACCCACUGUAGGAAACCUCUGAAGUUUAUUUUUCACAGUGCCAAUUUUGUACAAAAGUCUGUACUAUCAAAACUUGGGGUCACUUUCAAAUAAAGCUGCAACACUAAAAUGAAUAUAUUUCCCCCCCCCCCCCCCCAUUGAUUCUGUUUAAAAAAUAAAUACAUGAAAAUAGAGAUUAUCUGCA